AAUCCCGAAGUUUUCCUGUCAAAAGAAGACCAUCGCCGUCUUUAAUUGUCCCUAUACCGGGCUUUAAUGUCUUCCCCCCUUCCUCAUCGUGUAAGUCUCAAAUGUAGCCACGUCUUUUUUGCCUGACAUGCCCGUCACAGUCAGGCCAUCGGAUCACGGGUCAAGAUCCUGGGCAGGUCGCAGAUACAGGCUCGCAUCUUCGCCCGAUAUCUUGUUGCAUUAUACGCUGACCGACGACACGCGCACUAGUCCGCCGCGAGCCAGACAGCUAGUUCAAAGUUCGUUUGCGGGGGUUGAGAGGAAGAAUAAUGUGUUCGCUACUAAAAACGGAUUCGUCCACGCAUGCGUGGAUGCGUACAACGAGCACCACUGCCUGGUAAUACGGCCGGAGGACGUCUGGUUUGCCAUCUUGACUCAGUUCAGCGCCUACGUCAACGCGCACUCCGACGAGCUGCGCAAGCGAUUCUGCCAUCAUGAAGCUCAGCAAGAGCUUCACAUAGAGAUGGAACUGGACGGACUCGACCACGGCAAGAUGGCAUUCGCGAUGACGAAGCUCAUGCAAGAAAACGUCCGGGACGAGGGUCUGCAGCAAUGGAUCCUGCCGGCUUUCACGACGACAACCAAGGUCGACCAGGCCGUCGCCAGCAUCAUUUUCAUGGGUACGAUGCAGAAGUACUUUACGUAUAGCUGGGGAACGCGAUGCGGAAUACCGUCCGUGACCCUGCUCGGCGAGGAGAGCGACUGGAUCAAAAUCCGAGAUCGAGCUGAACGAUUAACGACCUUUGGUUCGGAGUCGUCGCGGUGGUUCCGGUUGCUCCAACCCGUAUUGGAUGGGUUCGUCGCAAGCUUCAGAGAUCCCAAGGGCCAGACUACGAGGAGGUUCUGGCAAGCGAUCUGUAACGAACACGUGCCCAAUGGUAGCGGUACCGUCGCCUACUCGGGAUGGAUCACUUCGUUCUGCUUUUGGGACGAGAGCGGUCGGUGUCUGCACGGGCCGAAGCCGGGUCAGGAGGUCCAGUUAACAAGGAGUCAAAUGCCAAGCGGCUUCGCUAAGGUGCCGGUAACACUACUGGAUGACGGCAUCGAAAUACCUACGGAGAUGGUCGCCGGCUCGAUGGCGAUGAGAGCGUUUCGAUCCAAGGUGACAGUCGGCACCGAUGGCGGACCGCAAAUGCGGCAAGGUGCCGGAAAUGACACGAUACAGCCCGAAGUCGGCUGGUUCAUGUACAAGACGUGACAGCCUAGGGGGUAUCGUGGUAUUGGCCGCAAACAUAAUGGUAAGACAUGGCUCUCCUAUCUCUCGAAUCAGCUACAUAUUCAUGGUAGCAUUGGCCAAGCCCUGCAUGUGACAGGUAGCUAAUCAUUUCUGCAGUAUAAUUAUAACUUGACCACGACGCUAUGGAUUGGAGUUCCUCCAACCGUGACCACGUUAGGUGCCAAUCCGGACCGACUCUCGGAUCUAUGCUCGGAUCUACCCACACCUAGCCACACUCAAUCUUGCGCUGGAGUUAGCAAGCUUUGAUAACGGUCGAGGAGCAACAGGCACGCCCGGAUCCUUACUCUCCUAAUAUUAAGAGUGUUUGACGUGGGCCGAAGUCAUCAGUCUUCUAGUUUCUAGAUGGACCAGUGAGCCCUUUCUGAAGAUAGGCGUGGUCGUCUUCUCAGUCCUUAGGCUCGUUGGAGAAGGCUAUGGUUGCCGGCUUGGCGUCUCUACUCGAUAUAUGGGACACUGGAUCUUUGGACUAUUGAGAUCCUCAAUGACUGAAGGUGGAGGAACUAGUCGUCGAGUUGGCCUAAUGCUGCAAAAUGUUUGUCAGGGGCACCUCCCGCCGUGUCGAUUGAAGACUACUUGGAAUCUGAGCUCGAAAAGGUGCCGGA